ACACAGACUCAGUUAUUAUUGCCGCAUCUUUUGCUAAGUAACUUUCUCAGCUUUUUUAAACAUCCCAUCCCAUCGUUUCAUCUCUCUCUCCCUCUCACUGUAGAGGAAGGAAUCUUGCUCCGCCACGUUCUUCUCGUUCAAGUCGCUGUGUCGGAUUACAGCGAGUCCUUUAGGCGCAUUAUGCAAACCCUCCUCUCGUUUUGUGGUUUCAGCUGGCUGUAUUGAGAUUGGUCAAAAAGAGAAGCUUUCUGAUAAUGGAAAACCCUAAAACCCCAGAAGCUCAAAAACCAGAUGAAAAAAAUCUAGGAGGACCUUCUUGGCCUUCUGGGCUGUUUGAUGUUGUUGAAGGAAAGAUUUCCGGUGGCGAUGAAUAUGCAACGCUUGAUGUUGCAGCGAGUGGUAUUAAUGUUGUUGGAAAUGAAGAGGGUUAUUUGGUGAAUGAUGGUAUUGUUAAGGCUGUUGAGGAGGGAAAGGGUCAUGUGGACACGGCAUUGGGUGAAGCUUUAGUGGAUUUGGGGGUUGCUGUGAGGGAGGAAGUUGCUGUUGAGGAUACUGUGAGAGACAAAGAAUUGAAGGAAGAUGGAGUUGUUGUUGAAGAUACUUUGAGAGAUGAGGAGCUGAAGGAAGAUGGAGUUGUUGUUGAGGAUACGGUUAGAGAUGAGGAACUGAAGAAAGAUGGAGUUGUUGAUAAGAAUAUUGUGAGAGAUGAGGAAUUGAAGGAAGAUGAGCUCUUGGGAUUUAAUGCUGUCGAUUCUGCUCGGAAGAUUGAUGUUUCGGGAGACAAUCUAUCAAUUUAUGUUGAUCUUUCUGGUUCUCUGACUGGAGUUGAUUUUGAUGUUGUGAAUUGCCCUGGGGUUGUGGUGAGUGAGGAGUCUAAAGAAGCUGAUGACGAGAAGGAAGAGUUAAAUGGUAAGUUUCACGUCGGUGAUAUUGUCUGGGUUAAAACCAAAAAUCAGUCUUGGUGGCCUGGAAAAAUUUUUGAUCCAUUAGGUGUGACAAAGUAUGCUGUCCAGAGUGACCAGAGGAACGGCUUAUUGGUUGGGUACUUGGGGAGUUGCCACAUUGCUUGGUGCUUGCCAUCUCAGUUGAAGCCUUUCCAUAAGGAUUUUGAACAGAUGGUGGUAAAGAAUAAGGCUAGAAGCUUCCUUGGAGCAGUGGAGAAGGCUGUGGAUGAAUUUGGUAGGUGCCUCAAAUCAGAGAUGACUUGUUCUUGUAUUCUCAAAGAAGGUUGGCAGUCAGCCGGCAAUGAUGGAUUUCAGGACGGAUUUUCCAUUCUAGAGUGCAGAUUUGGUGACUAUUCAAUCACUCAGUUUGAACCAGAGAAACUUCUUGCACAAAUUAAAGAUCUUGCGCUGGCUGUUUCCAAGCUCAGCGUACUUGAGUUAACUGUUGCAAAGAAUCGUUUGUCAGCAUUUUAUCAAUCCAUAGGACAUCAACAAUUACCUACGAAUCAACUCUGGGAUACAACUCCUGAUGAAGACGGCAGUGACAGGUGUGUGGCAAAAGGCAAUUCCAAGGUCUAUGGUGCACACGCAAAUUCAACACCAUCUGGAGGGAAAUUGCAGAGCACAGAGGAUGAAGGUCUACGACAAAUGAAAAAUGAAGACCUGGCUGUGAUUUUUGGAAGGGACCUGGACAUGUCCGAGAAUUGCAGAAGCAAAGCUCCUCAAGAAAAUUUUGUCUCUAAUGAUAUGGCAUCAAAUUCCAGGAAGAGAAAGAGAAAGUAUUCUGAACUCAAAGUGGAAGGUCCUGAUGUCGAUCCAUUUUCUUCUCCGAUUAUGGAGGAGAAACACCACUCGGGCUCUUCUUUAACAGUAGAGAAGAGCUCGGAGUUGAGAGAAAGAAAGAAGAGCAAGUAUUUGUCAUAUCCCUAUGUGAACUGGGAAGCUAAAGGCUUGCCUGGUCCAUUAGAAGACCAAGGGCCUCAGGAAGUUUCUCAAGAGGACGAGGAUGUGAACCCAGUAGCUGGUCAGUUUAUUGGGUCCCAUUCAGUUUCGAAGUCUAGUGGCAAGAGGUUCCAGAAGAAAUGGAUCAGAAAAUUCAUAAGUGGGAAUGAUACAUCCAAGAACCCAGAGUUGAUCAAUGCAUCUGCUGCUGAUUUGCUCUCUGAACUCUGUUUUACAGCUGUGGAUUGUCUGUACCCGAAUGAGAGUAAGAACUUCGAUUUAGCUGAGUGGUUCUUUUCAAGGUUCAGAAUAUCAGUGUAUCACGACGAAUCCAUUUAUGAAAAGUAUUGUAAGGAUGUGAUUGGGAGAAAUAAUGAUGCGUCACUGGGAAAGGAUGCCCAGGAGACGAAUCAGACUCAAACACUGCCAAAUGCCAAGGCCCAGAGCGAAAAGAACUCUAGAAACUCAGCUAGAUCAAAAGUUAAAUCUCUUUCUGGCUUGUCAGAUGUAAACAUAAACAUAACCGCAGGUGCUGUAUUCUUGAAUUCUCCCCAUGAGAUGGCCCAUCCCACACCUAAUGGAAAACCCAAGCCUAAGAAAGCACAAACGAAGCAAGGAGCAAUCCCAGCAGGGCAGCAGAUCAACCACCCGACUAGCAUACCAGACUUGAACAGCAAUGGUACCAUGCCGAAUUUUUUGGUAGAAAAUUUACAAAUUGUGGGCCAUGUUGCUUCUGAAGAUAAACCCAAGCCAAACAAAAGGAAAAAGAAAGUAGGCUUAGUUGAAGACAAUGGUAGUACUACUGAACCUGGCACCAUGUUAGUGGAUUUGCAGGUGACGGGCCCAUUUUCAAUAAAUGCUAUUACUGAUGAAAGUAACAGGGAGGGGGUUACUGCUAGCGUAAAAGAUUUGUAUGGAAACAGUACUAUUCCAGUCAUAUUGCCACACUCAGCUGAAGGUAAGCCUGUGCCAAAAAAAAGAAAGAGAAAGGAGGAAUCAACUUCUGAGCAGAGCAUCCUUGCUGCUGGCAUACCAGAUUUAAAUGGGACUACUGCUGAAUCAGGUGCCUUGGCCAAAUCUGAGAAGAAGAGAAGAAGAAAAGGAGAAGGUAUUGUGGGGCGACCAAGAAAGAAAACCACUGCUGGAAACAUGGAAUACUAUAAAGCAGAGACCAAUGGGGAAGCUCCAGCAACUGCUCUUCUCUUGACAUUUGCUCCAGGAUACUCCAUGCCAUCGAAAGAAAUUCUGGUUGCAACAUUUUGCAGGUUUGGUCCCUUGAAGAAAUCGCAGACGCAGGUGAUGAAGGAUUCUUCUACUGCACAGGUUGUUUUCAUGAAGAGCACUGAUGCAGUUGAAGCAGCUAGGAGUUUAGAGAAGGCUAAUCCUUUUGGUGCAACCCUCGUCAAUUACGAUCUUCAUCUAAUUCCAGCUGCUUCAUCCUCUCAGUGCACCAAGGGAUUUGGGACCCCUGUGAAGACGUCUGGGUCAAUGCCAAAGCUUGCUGAGGCACCGCCCAUUGACUUCAUAAGGCAGAAUCUAGAAAUGAUGACAUCGAUGCUGGAGAAGUCAGGAGAUAAUCUUUCUCCUGAGAUGAGAGCCAAAUUAGAGAUUGAGAUUAAAGGCCUCCUGAAAAAAGUGAGCUCAUUGCCUAGUUCUUCCUCUUAAUUGGAGGUGCGACUUAAUAGAAUUCUCUAUUUAGGCUCCUUUUGGACUCUCUGUUAUCAGCUGUUGUUUGUUUUGGUCUGUCCUCUAACGAACAGAGUUCCUGUGCAGUUCCUUGCACUAAGAGGUUAUAAGCAGUGGGUAAGCCUAGGGAUCCUUUGUUUUAAUAUUACUUCAAGUUAUUUUCCUCAA